AAUCGCUAAUCCGGCUGUUUCUUAUUUUGCAGUUCCGACGUCACGCGCAGAAAAUGCUUGGAAGCCCAGAGCGGAGCACAUGUUCGCAUUGGAGGGGCGAACUGUGGCAGGUUUCCCCAGCCUCGGACAACAGCAGCACACAGGCAUUCACUACAAGGGCACCAUGCGUGUGCAGAAGGACCCCACUGGCAUCUUGCUGCUGAAGUUCCAGAAUAUGACUUACACGAAGUUCCACGAGAACCUGCCGAGAGGAUGGUGGUCGCACAUGAACACCGCCCGGGAGGACUUCAGACAACUGCCGAUCACAGGCUCCACAGUAGCCGUCAAAUUGGGCCAGCACGGGGUGGAGACGGUGUCACUGAAGGCCGGAAUGGAGGACUGGGAAAUGAAUUUCAUUCAAGGAAUGGUGAACCAGUUGCAGAUUGAUUUCAGGCCUUCAAAACCGAGCAGCAGGAACACAAGAAACCAAAUCAACACGGCCUACAGACUGAUGGAGAAUUCUGUGUUCGGCCGAUGCGAGGUUCUGUACGAAGUGACUCGAGUCCCGAGAUCCGUGGCCCUGGCCCAGCCCGACCUGUUCCCGUCAGCACACAAAUGCGACCAUAUGAACUUCAUCGAGAUAUUCAAGACACGGAACUUCUCAAACUGUGAAUACCGGGCAGAGUUGCAUUUCGGGCUUCCCACGUCCAAGAAAUGCCAGCCGGGGGGCAACGCGUGUCAAGAUUUCUGGCACAGAGCUUCGGUGACGAGGCUGUCCGGGUGUGGCGAUCAGCGAGAUUUCAGGAUACUUCAGUCAGAGACAAAUUCCAGGGUGAUAGUGAACCUUCACCUGCACAAGGGGAGCGAGGCGUCUGUCAGUUCGUACCUCACGAUGAACCUCCAGUCAAUUAAGGAAGUUUCACGUCGCUUCAGCCCACAUGCAGAUCCUGUCGUCUUGCAAGACUUGAAAUUCAGAUUCACAAACAUAAACGGAGACAAGGACAUGUGCUCCCUGUUUGAGGCGAAGGGUCGGUAUUUCCAAGGAGACACUGAAGGAGGGACACGAAACAGAACCUCGUCGGGCAAUGAAGACGAAGAACGAGCAGAGGAUACAUCAAAUGCAAACGGGACUGAGCCAGUAGUUUCUAAUACAGAAAGGAAACAGUGGGAUCUGGAGCUCCUGGGACUACAUAAUCCCCCUCACCAACCUCUGAGUCCCUACGUUUCAAAGCUCCAAGGUUACGAGAGAAGUUUUCUGCACGUCAUGAAACUGAAAGAAACCGUAACUGAAAUUGCGAGAGAAUUUGAAGCGUCUAAAAUGAUUUACGAGAGAAUGACUUUAGAAAAGGUGUGGGUUGCUGUUCGAAUUUGUCGCAAGAUGACACUACUUGACUUGCAAAGGGCCGUUGUAAAUGUUAAUCUGCAGCCACGGACCAACAAGGAGCAGCGCUCAGAAAGCAAGGUGUACCGCGAUGUUCUGGUCAUGUGCGGAACCAACCCCGCCUUCCACAUCCUGAAGAAGUGGAUCGAGCAGAGGGACCUGAGGGGUGAAGACGCUAGCGAAGUAAUGGCUGCCGUGCCGUCGCAUCUGCAGACGCCAGGCCCUGAUAUGAUCAGAGAGUUCUACGAGCUGGUGAGAAGUUGGGCUGUUCGCGAAGACCAACAUCUGAAGAUCACCUCUCUUCUUGCGUUUUCCCACCUGCUGCGUACGGCGUGUGUGGAGUGGAGGGUACGUCAUGCCCAGUACACAUACGAGACGUUCGACGCGACCUGCGAAUUGACCCACGCUUCGCACUACAUCUCCUGGUACGCGAGCAUGCUGCGAGCAGAACCGUCGCUGCUCCGCGUGUACAUAGCGGCCCUGGGAAAUACGGGUGCGGUCGCAGCCCUUGCUCCUCUGCAAGGCGUUGCAGAAGACAUGAGCAUGUCUCCUUACCUCAGGGCAACGGCCGUCCUCGCAAUGAAGUACCAGGCGCUACGCGUCCCGGAGAAGACGUCGCCGAUCCUGCUGUCUCUGUACCAUGACGUGGGGCAGCCGGUUGCUGUGCGGGUGGCCGCCGCGGCGCUCUUAUUCUACACGAAGCCAGAGCUAGCCUUGCUACAGCGCGUCGCCGUCCUGACUUGGUACGACCCCAGCCUGGCUGUGGCGGCCUUCAUCCGCAGUUCCUUCAUGUCGCUGGCCAACUCGCAGGAUCCCGUCUUCUCAGAGCUAUCCAGGUAUGCGGGCAUGGCGCUAGCUCUCGUGAAACCCGUGCCGCUGGGACUGCAUAUGCCGCAUAACUUCCUGUGGUCCAGGGUGGUCAGCGACUUGCAAGAUGUCGUCUCCAUUCAGCUGUCGCAUGAGACAAGUCUGGACGCCACCAACUUCUACUGCCGCUUCACUCAGCGGCUCGGCGGUGUGUCGUGGGUUGCGUUUCAAGGAGACGUUUUCGUAUCCGGUCCAGAGAAGUUCCUGACCAUGCUCCGAGAGCUGAUCUAUCCCAGCGCUGACGUCACACAAGCCAGGCCCGCCAUCCAGAACCUGAAAAGGAGCACCAAAUGGCUACGAGAGGCCCUCAACAUCGCUCCGAGGUCCCUGCCCAAGCUCGAAGGAGACAUCCGUGUGCAGUUCGGCAAAAUGGCGGAGCUUGUCUUUCCUUUCGACAGCGAGCUGCCGGCCGAAUUAGCUAAAGCCGGAAGGAAGUUGCUGGAGCAGAUGGAGACCGGAAGGGAGUUCCAUUACCAGAAGGUGAACAAGAAUGAAAUGAGGACUGCGGUCGUUACCGAACUCGGCAUUCCAGUGAACUUCCAGCUCUCAGUCCCAUGGGCAGUCCGUCUCGAAGGAAGGGCUAACAUGAGUAUCGAACACAAGACAUUCCUCAUGGAUGUGGACAUGAUGUACACAUGUGCCAUGUUCUCCGAACUGAGUUUCCACAGCGCAUGGGACGAAACUGUGCACAUGGCCGCAUCCCACGGGGUCACCGUCAUCCGAAUUCCAUCAACAGGAAUCAGAGCCGGCCUUUCCGAAACCGGCGCCAUGCAACUGGCUCUUGAGACGGCUCAAGCUGAAGAUGGCAGCUUCAUAUUUCAGCACUCGAGCAAGCCCUUCACGUCGCAACACAACAUCCUGGACUUCACGAUAGCCUCCCGGAGGGAGUCGGCCUCAGUCGUGCACACAAGGAGAAGCACACAGAAAUGGAAUUCGGUGAUACCAAAUGUAAACGUCAACUACACGACAGAGGGGCCUAUCCUUACGCCACUUGCGUGGCUCAGGAACGGGGUCAACAUCUUGGGACACGCCAUGAUGUGGCCUUCGCUUGAAGCCAGCUCCAUCGCCGUGCAACUCGAUGGACUGCAUUCCGUUAAUUUUGAGCUUAGGCUCGAGAGUGGCAACCAGACUUCGGUGCUUCUUGAAGAGCUCAACAGAUCGUCCGUGCAACAGAGCGCCGUGACCACGGAGGCGCCCACCCCACCCAGACAGCUAUAUUUCUGGUUCUGGAAUCGCGCGCGCGCCACGACUGCGAGCCCAGACAUCACGGAGACAACAGCCGCUACAAAUGCCGAGGCCACAACAGAACAGCAAAGUGCCGAACACACGAGUGUCCCUAACAUGGUCGUAGCGAGAGACGAUGACGACUACCGUGGGUCCUUCAACGUAUCCGUUAUAAAACCUUUCUCCCUACAAGUAAACAGAAGUCCUUAUAAGUAUUUACUCGUCAAAAUUCUGGACGGAUUGUACGGUGGGGAUGCCUAUGUGGUGAGUCUGAACAUGGCCAUAAAUGGAACUCAAUCGAGGAAGCUGUCAACAUUGUGGACAUACGCAGCAGGGCGCAGCGGCAAAGUUCGUCGCUUUGGACUCUUUUUGAAAGAAGAGAAGUGGCAGGUGGGCUUCACAUCUAUCCUCGUGGCAUCAGCCAUCCCAGUACUGAAGCUCGAGAACGUCAUCCGAGCCAACAUCACAUCCGAGAUUCACGCGGACUUGCUGUACAGCAGCGACACUGCGGAACACCAAUUCUCGCUGCAGACAGUGAUGGGGCGCAGCGCUCUGAAGGCAGAGGCCCUAGAAGACGAGUACCUCACAGACAAGUGCAUAGACAGGAACCAGGGACCCGAGACUGACAUCAGCCCUGACUGCUUACGGGCAGCAAUGGAUGCCAUGUUCCUGGACAGGUACAACGUGACCAUAACCUACAAGGGACAGAGCACAAGUCUCGGCCCAAUCAUGAUGCAGCACUUCAACUCCCUGCGCUUGUGGUUACUGCCCUACAUCACAGACACAGAAGAUUCAAAGCGAACGUUUGCGCCCUCGAACACGAUCACAGCUCUACUGGAAAUAUCCCCACGCCUGAACACUCUCAAUGCCUGGAUACGAACUCCGUCCAUGAAGACUGACUUUUCCAGUAUUCCUGUGAACCCUCUGGUGACAGAAAUUCUGCGCUUCAAUCCAGCUGUCAGCUAUGCCCGGCGCAUCAGAGGAGAAUCGUACUGCAGCCACGGAGGGAGCAAGUUCUUCACUUUUGACGGAGUGGAGUUGGACUACAAUGUCACCUCUUGCUGGCAUCUUCUUGCCAAAGACUGUUCGGGCCACAGCCGAUUCGCCGUUCUCAUGAGGUCCCUCAAUAACCAGGAAACGGAACUGGAAGUGAAUAUGGACAACUACCUGAUACUGCGCCUGCGCCCCGGACUGAACGUGUCAGCAAACGAGAAGCCCGUGGAACUCGCAGGACAUGCGGUAGUGCAGAUCGCAGACCAAGCGGGAGCGAUCCUUGCGCAUCUGCAGGCCCGGGAUACACCUGAACAUGUCAUCAGCGUGGCCCUGCCUGCCCACGGCUUCCACAUUGUAUACACUGGCUCGUCUACACUCGUCAUGGCCGACAGAAGCAUGAGGGGGCGUCUGUGUGGGAUCUGCGGUGACUUCGACGGUCACGCCGUGAAGGAGUUCAGGAAGCCACAAGACACGCAGGCGCACAACGGCCAGGAAUACGCUUCUUCAUACGCCAUCACGGAUCAGGCAGAAUGUGCGAGUGAGCAAAUGAAAUAGGAAAGAAAUUAUUAGUGCAACAUGUUGCGCGACUCUGACGCGUCACAUUAACAUUCACAGGAAUCUCUCAGCUGUAGCUGUGUUUCAUAAAUCCAGACAAUAAAUUGUUGCUGUCCGCAGAUGGCGUGUUUGA